AUGUCUGACUGCCAUUGUCUGGGACUCGAGCUGCGCUCAGUGGGAGCUGCUGUCAGUGGGAGCUGCUGUCAGUGGGAGCUGCUGUCAGUGGGAGCUGCUGUCAGUGGGAGCUGCUGUCAGUGGGAGCUGCUGUCAGUGGGAGCUGCUGUCAGUGGGAGCUGCUGUCAGUGGGAGCUGCGGUCAGUGGGAGCUGCUGUCAGUGGGAGCUGCUGUCAGUGGGAGCUGCUGUCAGUGGGAGCUGCUGUCAGUGGGAGCUGCUGUCAGUGGGAGCUGCUGUCAGUGGGAGCUGCUGUCAGUGGGAGCUGCGGUCAGUGGGAGCUGCUGUCAGUGGGAGCUGCUGUCAGUGGGAGCUGCUGUCAGUGGGAGCUGCUGUCAGUGGGAGCUGCGUGGGAGCUGCUGUCAGUGGGAGCUGCGGUCAGUGGGAGCUGCUGUCAGUGGGAGCUGCUGUCAGUGGGAGCUGCGGUCAGUGGGAGCUGCUGUCAGUGGGAGCUGCGGUCAGUGGGAGCUGCUGUCAGUGGGAGCUGCUGUCAGUGGGAGCUGCUGUCAGUGUAUUUAUUCUUUAUCUAA